AACAUUCCCGAAGAAAGCUUGUAUGUGAAAUGUAAUGGCCGACUGGCUAAUGAUGAAGAUGUACUGCAGAAUGGAGCCGUUUAUAGUCUGGAACCAAGACUUUGUGGUGGAAAAGGAGGGUUUGGAUCUAUGCUGCGAGCACUUGGUGCUCAGAUUGAAAAGACCACAAAUAGAGAGGCUUGCCGAGAUCUCAGCGGAAGGAGACUUCGAGAUGUCAAUCACGAAAAAGCGAUGGCUGAAUGGGUGAAGCAGCAAGCAGAGCGGGAAGCAGAAAAAGAGCAAAGGCGCUUGGAAAGGCUGCAGCGGAAACUUGCGGAGCCAAAGCACUUUUUCACAAAUCCGGAUUACCAACAGCAGUGUCAUGAUAUGGCUGAGCGACUAGAAGAUUCGGUCCUUAAAGGAUUGCAGGCUAGUUCAAGCAAAAUAGUGUCACCAGAAAGUGGUGGUAGUCGGAAGCGUCCAGGUGAAUCUGGAAAGAAAAAAAAGAGUGAAACAAAAUCUCGAAAAAGAAAAUGUUUUUGGCUGGGAUUGGAAGGACUGGAUGAUGCUGACAGCUCGGACUCUGAGGAUGACAGUGAAGAUGACUCCCCUCCUGCAUCUGAGGGGAGUUGUCCCUCAGGCAGCAGAUACAAUGAAAAUGCUGGGAACUCGCACGAAUGUUCAAGCAGCUCUGUGGAUUCGGUAGAGGACAGUCCAGCUACCAGCGCAACUGGAAGACCACUCGAGCAGCCAGAAGGUGCUGGAAGAGAUGUGCAAGGAGAGACAUGCGCAGGUGGGCAAACUGAACUUCCAGCUGAAGAAAACAGUAAAAUGACAAAGCCCAUGAAGGAAGAGGCCCAAGAAAAGAGUGAAGUAACCCACGCUCUGAAAGAAGAGGAGCAGAAAGAAGAGGAGCAAGAAGAUGUUUCUUCUAAGGCACAGGAAACGAACCAGUUACAGAGCACAGAGGUGGAACCAAUAGACCUACUGGCAUUCAACUCUGCUGCUGAAAUGGAGGCCCUGGGUUUAGACAAGCUGAAGAUGGAAUUGAUGUCUUUAGGACUGAAAUGUGGAGGCACUUUGAAGGAAAGAGCAGCAAGGCUUUUUGCAGUUAGAGAUGGAAAGAAAUAACUCGAAUGUUUUCUGGAAAGUGUGUGUGAUGCUGUUGUCACCUGUUUUCAGAAAAAUGGCAAUCCUUCCUUAGCGUUAUAUUGAAUCUCCUUUAAUGUGUGUAUUUCCAAUUAG